AUGGCCGAGCCUGCGCAGAAGAAGGCCCGCACCAGCCGCACUUUCCUCUUCUCUUCCGAGUCUGUCAACGAGGGCCAUCCUGACAAGAUCUGCGACCAGGUGUCCGAUGCAGUGCUGGAUGCAUGCCUCAAGGUGGACCCCAAGAGCAAGGUGGCUUGCGAGACUGCAACCAAGGACAACAUGGUCAUGGUGGCAGGUGAGAUCACCACUGAGGCCAAGUUGGACUAUGACAAGGUUGUGCGAGGAGUCGUGGCACAGAUCGGUUUUGACAGCUUUGUGGAUGACCUGUCCAGCGUGGACAGCAAGGGAUUGAGCCACAAGAGCUGCGAAGUGCUGGUGCGCAUCAACAAGCAGAGCCCUGACAUUGCCGGCGGCGUCCAUGUGAACAAGGAGGACUUGGACGUGGGUGCCGGUGACCAGGGCAUCAUGUUUGGAUAUGCCAGCGAUGAGACAUCUGACUGCAUGCCUUUGACCCACUCCAUGGCCACGCGUUUGGGCAAGACCCUGACUGAUGUUCGCAAGAGCGGUGAGUGCUGGUGGUUGCGCCCAGAUGGCAAGACCCAGGUGACCAUUGAGUACCUGCAGCACCCUGAUGGCUCCGUUGAGCCAAAGAAGAUCCACACCGUGGUGAUUUCCACUCAGCACGCUGAGCCUCUGAAGGCCGUGCGCAGCAAGGAGUGCGAGGGCUACAAGGGAGCUGAGAUGACUGCCCCAAGCAUGGAGCAGAUGAACAAGGAGAUUGAGGAGAAGGUGAUCAAGCGCACUCUUGAGCAGAUCAAGCUGAAGAAUGGCCAGCCUGCCAUCAGCCUGUUGAUCAGAAGUGACUCGGCGCGCUGCGCAACUUCCAGAGGUACGCGUGCAAAAAUGCACGGAGUUGGCGAUGAGAUCGGAGCUUACCAGGUUUGGAUUCAGCUUGCGGGGCGCAAGCAUGGAUGCUCGUGCAAGCCAGCAAGUCUUCUGGACGAGGCGCUGAUUUGCAAGGCCCGGGAACACCACGAGGAGGUUCUGCAAAAUCGUUCCCUUGGUGCCCAGCUCACGCCAUUGGUUGGCAUUGCCCUUGGUGCCCAGCCGUGCUGCCUGUCCUUGAACGUCAUGCACUCACUGACGCAGUCAAGCAGCAUUGCAAGGAUAAGCAUCCUCGCCGAAGUCCGCAUGUUCCCAAAUGAAGUCUUGGCCUUCAAACGGCAUGCUUGGAACUUAGGGUAUGUCACCUUGCACAUCGCUGGGCCCACAUUGCCAGUGCACCGACGCCAAGCUGUGGCCUGCUGGGUGACUGGAACUUUGGUCAUCAAUGUUUAUGUUGCCCACCAUGAAGAUCGUACAUCCUUCUAUGAAGAACUGCAUGCGAGUUUUCGCAGUAUUGCUUCUCAAGCACAGUUUGUAGCCAUAGGUGGAACUCUGUUGAAACUCAAAGAUGGGUUGCCUCUUGGUGGCCCAGAGAGGCUUUUGGUGGACGAAAACGGAGAUCCCUGGGCAAUGGCUGCCAUGACGGCUCUUUUGUUAGCCCCGUUGCAUGCGAUCCGGAGUGAAUGCCCUAACACUCGGAAUUACUCUUUUGUCGAUGACCGCACGGUCACUGCGCCCACUUUGCCUGAGUGUCUGCGAGCGGCUGCCUUUGGCUGGUUUGCAAAAAGACCAGCUGUUGAUGACCUGAAACCUUUUGAACGUGCAGUUAAGCGCUGUACGUGGAAACAUGAAAGUGCUGAUCCGAACUUGGCUCGUAUCCUGCGUGGGCAUUCUGUUGAUCUGCAAUUCCGUAUUGCCUCAGAUCAAAUUGCGCACUUGUGGCGCUCUUGCCAUUCCAGUGCCUUGGUUCCUCAGUGGAAUAGCCCAGUGACGUCCAUGGGCAACUUGAUCAAAGAAUAUGCAGGUUGGCUCAACUGGAAGCCAACUGCAGUAAUAGGUGUCUUUGACAACAUGUUUCUUUAUGAAAAGAUAAGUUUUGUGAAUCCACGGCCCCAACGUGCGAUUGCGCAACUGGAUCAGUUGAAACACUGCUUGAGAGAAUCAUGGCGUCACAUGCUUUUCAGUAAAUGGCAGCGCACCAAUAGGGUGGAUGCCAAGUUUUGCAGGGUGGCUGCCCGCGGGAUCCUCUGCUUGCCCGAUUGGGCUGGCCCUGUGUACAAGAUGAACGUGGAGGUGUCAAUACCUUGCUUUAUCUUGCUGACAGAAGAGCCGCUGCUAUUCAAUGGAGACUGGUUCACGACCAAUCUCCCGAUGCUUGAGCAAGAAUGUUGGAGUGUGCCCCGUGGCUUUGCUUCUGUGGGCUGCUUCAUAAACUACUACACACGUGGUGGUGCGUUCUCCGGCAAGGACCCUACCAAGGUGGACCGAUCCGCAGCCUACAUUUGCCGACAGAUGGCAAAGUCUGUGGUGAGCAGCGGCUUGAGUGCACGAUGCCUUGUGCAGCUCUCUUAUGCCAUUGGUGUUGCCAAGCCAUUGUCUCUCUUCGUGGAGACCUAUGGAAGUGAGAAGACCGGCCUCACCGUGAACGACAUCACCAGCAUCUUGAAGAUUGAGUUCGACUGCCGUCCUGGUGCCAUUGCGCAGUCCUUGGCAUUGCGCGAGCCAAAGUACCAGGAGACCGCAGCAUACUGCCACUUCGGCCGUCAGCCAGUCACCAAGAACGGCAUCAAGUACUUCGAGUGGGAGAACGCAAAGGACCUGGCCAAGUACAAGUCCAUGGACACCACCCAGGUUGAAGCUGCCUUGAAGGCCAGCACCUACCUCGCUAAGUGGGUUGACUGA